AUGUCUAAGUUAGAGUCAUUGGACUUAUCUGACAACUCAUUGACUGUAGCUUUUAGCAAAAACUGGAUUCCAUCUUUUCAAUUACAUUCCAUAACAUUGAGAUCUUGCAAGCUAGGUCCUGCAUUUCCCAAAUGGUUGCAGACACAAAAUAACAUCAUUGAUCUUGACAUUUCUCAUAAUGGAAUAUCAGAUAUUGUUCCAGAGUGGUUUUGGGCUAAAUUUUCAUUCUUGGAGUUGUCGAACGUGAAUCUUUCAUACAACAAUCUCAAAGGUACAAUUCCAAAUUUUCCUGUAAAGAAUAUUCCUUUUUCUUUAACUCUGACGUCAAAUCAAUUUGAAGGCCCCAUUCCAACAUUUAUGCGGGGUUUUGUAACCCUUGAUCUGUCCAUAAAUAAGUUUUCAGAUUCUCUUGAGUUUUUUUGUGCUAAUGGUACAGUUGAAACAUUAGCCCAAUUAGACCUUUCAAAUAAUCAGCUAUCCGGACAGAUUCCGGACUGUUGGAGCCAUUUCAAGUCAUUAGCUUAUUUAGAUUUGAGUCACAAUAAUUUUUCAGGAAAGGUUCCCACUUCAAUGGGAUCGCUUCUUGAACUUCAAGCAUUGCUAUUGAGAAACAAUAGUUUAAAUGAGGGGAUCCCUUUCUCAUUGAGGCAUUGUACAAAGUUAGUAAUGCUAGAUCUGGCAGAAAAUAGAUUGUCAAGACCUAUCCCUCCUUGGAUUGGGGGCGAAUUUCAAGAGUUGCAAAUUUUAAGCUUGGGAAGGAAUCACCUGUAUGGAAGCUUACCAUUACAACUUUGUUCUCUAAAAAGCAUUCAGCUCUUGGAUCUCUCAUGGAACAAUCUGUCCGGACCAAUUCCCAAAUGCUUCAAAAAUUUUAUUUCAAUGGCUCAAAAGAAUUCCUCAAGAGAUUAUCCUGACCAUGUAUAUGAUUAUAAGCAAGGUCCUGAAUCAGGCACAAUGUCAUAUGAAUUGAAUGAAUUCUUAAUGUGGAAAGGUGCCGAACAACUGUUCAAGAAUAAUCAGUUAUUUCUUUUAAAAAGCAUUGAUCUCUCAAACAAUCAUUUUUCAGAAGAAAUUCCAGCAGAAUUGGAGAAUUUAUUUGGAUUGGUUUCAUUGAAUUUAUCAAGGAACAAUUUGACAGGGAAAAUUCCUUCAAAUAUUGGAAGGCUAACAUCACUUGAAUUUCUUGAUUUGUCAAGAAACCAGAUUUCUGGUUCAAUUCCUUCCAGUCUUGCUCAAAUUGACCGGCUUGCAAUGUUAGAUUUGUCACAUAACCAUCUAUCUGGAGAAAUUCCUAUCGGCACACAAUUACAGAGCUUUGAUGCCUCCAAAUAUGAAGAUAAUCUUGAUCUUUGUGGGAAGCCACUUGACAAAUUGUGUAUGGAAGCAGAGCCACCGAAUGAACCAAAAGUUAAAUCUCAUGAAGAUGAACAUUUGUUGUUUACUCGUGGAUUUUACGUGAGUAUGGCAUUUGGAUUUGUUAUAGGCUUUUGGGGAAUUUUUGGCUCAAUUCUAGUCAAUCGUUCUUGCCGACAUGCUUAUUUCAGGAUAUUGAACAAUUUAGUUGACAGUAUUUAUGUGAUGAUAGCAAUUAAAGUUGCCAAAUACAAGAGGUGGCUCAAACACUAA